GCCAACGGCGAGACCAGCCGGGGCGGAAAACGAAAGCUGCCCCGUCAUCUUCGCCACCAAGAAGACCAUGGCUGAAGACAUCCCCGCCGAAAGCUUCCAGGACGAAGCCUCCUGCUCCAUCUGCCUGGGCUUCUUCCAAGACCCCGUCUCCAUCCACUGCGGCCACAACUUCUGCCGGGCGUGCAUCACCCGCUGCUGGGAGGAAGAGGAGGCGAAUUUCACCUGCCCGCGGUGCAAAGAGACGGCCCCGCGGAGAAACCUGAGACCCAACCGGGAGCUGGCGAAAAUCAUCGAGAUCGCCAAGAGGCUGAGCCUGCAGGCAGCCAAAGGAGGGGCAGGGGGGGAGAGGCUGUGCGAGAAGCACCAGGAGGCUCUGAAACUCUUCUGCGAGGAGGACCAGACCCCCAUCUGCCUGGUCUGCAGGGAGUCCCAGGCGCAUCGCGCCCACCCCGUGGUCCCCAUCGAGGAGGCUGCAGAGGAGCACAAGGAGAAAUUCCAGGCUCACGUGCAGAUCCUGAAGGACAGGAGGGAAAAACUGCUGGGGCUGAAAAUGGCUGAGGAAGGGAGAAGCCUGAAUUUCCUCGAAAGGGUAGAAGAGGAGAGGCAGAAGGUCGUGGCCGAAAUCAAGGAGCUGCACCAGUUCGUGGAGCGACAGGAGCAGCUCCUCUUGGGCCAGCUAGCAAAGCUGGACCAGGAGAUCGUGAGGAGGCAGGAGGAGAACAUCGCCAGGCUCUUGGAGGAGAUCUCCUCCGUGGGCGAGCAGAUCCGUGAGCUGGAAGAGAAGUGUCAGCAGCCAGCGUAUGAACUCCUACAGGACAGCAGGAACAUCCUGAGCAGGCUUGAGAAAGAGAGCGCCCAGAAGCCACCGGAGGCAUCGCCUGAGCUGGCCGAGACACCCCAGAAGAACAUUGCCCUCAAGGAGAUGCUGAUGAAAUUUCAAGUAAGCCUGACGCUGGAUCCGGAGACGGCGCAUCCCCGUCUGGUCCUGUCUGAGGAUCGCAAGCGCGUGAGAUGGGAAGACACCCGCCAGCCCGUGCCCGAUAACCCCAAACGCUUCGAUUCCUCUCGCUGCGUGCUGGGCUGCGAGGGUUUCAGCACAGGGAGGCACUACUGGGAGGUGGAGGUGGGCGACGGGGAAGCCUGGGCCGUUGGGGUGGCCAAGGAGUCGGUGAGGAGGAAGGGACGGAUCAGCGUCAACCCCGAGGUGGGCAUCUGGGCGGUGGGGCAGUGCGGGAGCCAGUACCAGGCUCUCACGUCUCCUACCAGCCCCAUCUCCCUGCUUGCCGCCCCCAGGGUGAUUGGGAUUUACCUGGACUACGAGGCAGGGCGCGUGGCGUUUUUCGACUCCCACAACCAGGCGCCCAUCUUCACCUACCCGCCGACGUCCUUUGCAGGGGAGCAAAUCCUCCCCCUGCUCUGCCUGGGGAGGGGGUGCCAGUUCACCCUCUCCCCCUGACCCCCUCCAUGCCUCAAGUCUCACCCACCCAAAUCUGGGGACACCGGGGGGUCUCAUCACCCCAGAGGUGGCUUUUGGGGGCAUGAAGAAAACCUCUCCGUC